CCCUUUCUCAGUCUUGAGGACUGUGCAGAUGUUGCUCGCCGGUAUGGCUUUCUUGUAGACCUGGAUAGAGAGGAGUGUCAGGAGGCCAAGAGAAAGGCAGAAACUUUAAUGGUCCUCAUGAAAGAAAUGAAAUUGUCUGAAAUGAAGGAGAAAUUACUGCCCCUUCAAGGAGAACUUUGGCACCAGUGGUGUGAGAAGGAUAAGGAGCUUUGUCACCUGAGAGAGAAAGGGAACUGUAGCCUUGAACAGCAAAAGAGUGAAAUUGAGACAGAAAAGCAAAUAAUAAGGCAAACCCAGCUAAGGAGGGCAUUUCCUCUCAAUGACUUAAUGCGAUCUGUGUUGGAAGUCCUCCAAUCUCACUCAGAGAGAGACAACAAAACUGAAUUGUACUUCCUGCAGUGGCUGGGCAUGUUUUUGGACACCCUGACCAAAAGUCACCUGGAAAUGCUUUAUAAGAGGCACAAGCAGUUGUGUUCCCAGGCAUUGGCAGAAAACCAAAAGGGAUCAAAGAAUGUCUCCUCAAAUCACCACCAAAUGGAACUAGAAACUGUCUCUAAGGAGAUUAGGGAUUCCUCAUUGGGUAUUGAACAUCUCCUCAGAGAAGUUGGCCAGAUCUAUGAAGCUUUGGAAGAAGUUUCAUCCCAAAGGCAUAUUGUGUUCUUCUCUCUUCCUCAAAUUGCUGCUGAUCUGAUGGUUUCUGGGUACCCCCUUGAGCUGAUGGAUGGGGAUGCUUCCUAUGUACCCCUGAAGUGGGUGGCAGCUGUUUUUGACAGAUUAAUUGAGAAAAUUGGAGACAAAAAACUCUUUGUUCUCUCUGUUCUUGGUCUGCAAAGCACAGGGAAGUCCACUCUGCUGAAUGCUAUGUUUGGCUUACAGUUCCAUGUCAGUGCGGGGCGAUGCACACGAGGAGCCUACAUGCAGUUUGUGAAGGUGGAGGAGACCCUGCAGGAAGAGCUGGGCUUUGACUUUUUCCUUGUGGUUGACACAGAAGGACUCCGGGCCCCAGAACUCAUG